AGAGCAUGACCGCAUGCGGUUCCCUGCCAGGCGUUGGGACCUCUGCAGUCCGACUUCCCAUUCCAAUCCGGCGUCUAUAGGCUAGUAGCAACGUGCUUCCGGCGUGCUGCGAGUGCGACUUCCUCACGGUCGGUCUCUCGCUCUGUCCUUCAUCGUUCGUUGCGCACCACAUCGCUCAACAAAACCCACAUGGCAAUGGCAUCAGAUCCGUCGAGCACCCCUCCUUAUGCUUCGUCGCCCUUCGACCAUCCGAAGGCCGAUCUCAUCCUUCGUUCCUCCGACCACGUCGACUUCCGUGUCUCCAAAUUCAUCCUCGAAGUGUCCUCAGUCUUUUUUGCCAAUAUGUUUGAGGCUAGCCAGGCCAAUGACGAUGAAUCCCGAGACGGUUGUCCAGUCGUCCAGAUGCAGGAGGACAGCGAGACGCUGGAUAGUCUCCUGCGCAUCAUAUACCCUAGGAAGGAUCCUAUCCUCGACGAUCUCCCGAAGCUUCAUGCCGUCUUGGCGGCUGCACUGAAAUACGAGAUGGAGGAAGCGACCAACCUAACCGGAGCGGUACUACGCUCUUUCAUCCCGAAGGAGCCCCUUCGUGUUUGGGCGAUCGCGGUCCGCAACCGGCUCGAGGAAGAAGCACGAGCAGCCGCGACGAGCUUCCCACCCGAGAUGCUGGAUAUCAACGCUGGUGCAUACCAUCGCCUCUUCCGAUAUCACCGUCUGGAGGCAAAGGCGAGCAACCUUCAAAUUCUGCGAUCCUCCGGCGCACAUGUGAUGUAUCUCCCGCGCCGCCAUGUCGUUACUGCCGGACAGAAUACCGUUGCGGAGGGGACCCCAGUCCGCGUCCUAUUCGGCGGACGGCCUACCAUCCUGUUGUUUGAAGAAGACAGCGUCACAUUGCGGACCAUCUUGGGCUAUGUUACCCCGUCGCGAACUCCAUGUCUGCUGAUCGUCAUUGAUGCGGCGAAGAAAAAAUCUGCAGGGCCGAUGGGCGAAAUCGGCGGCGUCAGAUCCUUUACGAGCUUCUUGCUCGCUAGGUGUCACGAGGCGGUGUCGAGGCACAUUAUGUAUCAUGGAGAAUCCUACACCCCCAUUCUGGAGAUUCGCCGUCAUCGAUGUAUCGCGAUGCGUGCUGUACCAUCGCUCAUCAAGAUUGUACAAACCUAUCGCCUUCAGCAGAUCCGCGGUGACGAGGAUGGGGCCAUUCCCAUCAAAUCUGCGAGCGGCUCCAAGAAGUCUACGACAUCGAUUGCCUGGGGUUACAUGCCAGGUACUCGGACGCGUGCCCCCAUGUUUAUCGUUGGCAGAACCAUCAAUAAUACCCUGCGCCGACUGGGCGCAGCCCGGUUCGUUGGUCACUGCAUUGGAGUCGCGCCAGGAGACGUCGAUGUCGCCAGAUAUAUCUGUGCUCAGUGCUCUCAGCCGGGCGAUCAAGCAAAGCUGACGGAAUUUUCCAAAACACUACAUGCUCAGAUAUCCGAUGAAAUCAACAAGGUACGCCUUUCGUCCUGCUACGCAGACCACAUCAUGAUAAGUGGCAAUGCUUAACGCCAGUCACUAGGUUCGCGAGUCACUAGUCAGCGCUUCAAGCCGACUCUCUAUCGCCACUACCGUCACAAUAACUAAGGGUUAGGGAGAGGCAGAGCAAGCACACAUCGCCAAUUCUCGCUCGGC